AGUUUUUGGCGCCCCCCCUCCUCUCCUGCCGUGCCGGCCAUGCAGGGCUGCACUUCUUCUUUUUCCUCGGCGGCGGAGCGGAACAAGGGGCCCAUCCUGCGUGUGCUGCGGGAGGUGCUUGGCCCGGGGGGCGGGGGCGGGGGCCAGGCCCUGGAGGUGGCCUCUGGCUCCGGGGAGCACGUCGCCCACUUCGCCCGGGCCUUUCCCGGCCUCUCCUGGCAGCCCUCCGAGGCGGAACCCCGCUGCCUCCGCAGCAUUUCUGACUUGACCAGAGAGCUCCACCUGCCCAACGUCCGCCCCCCCUUUUACCUGGAUGCUUCCCAGAGCUGGGAGACCUGGGGAGGCUUAAGGCCAGACUCAUUGGACCUUGUCCUCAACAUUAACAUGAUCCACAUCUCUGAGAUGCGCUGCACUGAGGGAUUGUUCAAAGGAGCAGGAAAACUGCUGAAACCCAACGGAGUGAUGCUGACGUACGGUCCUUAUUCCGUCAAUGGGUGCAUCACCCCGCAGAGUAACGUGGACUUCGACAGUUUCUUGAGGCAAAGAAAUCCAGCCUGGGGCCUCCGGGACACAUCCGUGUUGCAGAAACUGGCUGAGAUCAAUGGGAUGCAGUUGGAGAGAAUGGUCGACAUGCCUGCGAACAACAAGUGCCUUAUUUUCCGGAAGCGCUGACCAGCCACCUCCCCAUGAAGAUAUUUCCCCCAAAGGGCAGCAUUUUAUGGUCAUCCUUUAGUCAGAUUUCUAUCUGUACCCUUGUGUCCGACGCUCUUAGGUGCAAAGUUUGGCCCAAAAAGCAUUAUGCCGGAUGGAAGACGGGCCAGGAAUGCACUCAGGAUGGAGCAGAGUCCCCUAAAAUUUCUGUCAAAAAGUAGAAUGAGCCUCGUUGUCAUUAUGAUUUGUUAACAACAUUGUUUUUAUCAUGGGCUAUGCGUGUCUCGCCCUGGGUCACCUGUAGGUCUGUCCAAGCGUUGUGACAGAACGGGGAAUUGCAGGGCUUUGAAAAGUGGACAAAAAUGUCGUCCUCUCUUAGCCAGCAUGGCCAAUUACUGGUUAAGAAUUCCCAAAUUAUCGGUUCUAUUGGCAAUAUCCGAUGACCUUGAUGGCAAA